AUGUCACAAAAUCAAAUCAUUGAUAGUUGGUUAAAAAAUAUUGAAGAACCUACAUUUGAAAAACCAGAUAGUUAUGAUGAUGAUGAUGAUUUAUAUGAAGAUCUAACUGAAAAUCAUCAACAUUCUGAGCAAAGUACAGUACAUGAAGCUUCAGCGCGUGGAAACAAUAAUCGAAAAUCAUCAAAUAACAGUAGUACAAAUAAUCUUAGCGAUGAACCUGAUAAUAGUACAAAUAAUGGACGAUGUGCAGCUCCAUUCAAUAAUAAAUAUGGUGCUGAUAUUCGACUUUAUAAGUCAAAAAUUAAAUCUCGUGCUCAUAAUCGUACUGAUUUAACUAAUAAAAAGAAACAAAUUCGAUCAGAAUCUUCUUCAUCAAUAUCCUCUAUCGAAAUAAUUCUUUCAAAAGGAGAUCAAGGUCGAAUUCAACGAAUUUGUAAUCAAUCAACAAAAUUAAUUGAUUGUUGUUAUACAGAUGAAAAACGAAAUAAAACAUUUAAAUUACUUCUUGCACGUAUAAGAAAACUUGAAAAACUCCAUGGAAAAAAUCUUUCAACAAUAUUAUAUGAAAAAGAAUCAAUAUUCUAUUCACUUGUUUGUCAUGUUGCACAAAAUAAUUUUCUAUUUACAAAUGAUCAAUAUUUAGCAUUAUAUGAUUUAAAACAUAUUUUAUUACCACAAAAAUAUAAUUUAUUAAAUCAAGAUCGUUCAAUAUUUUGUCGACAACGUAUAUUAAUACCUUUAAAUAUAAUUACAGAAUAUAUUAAAACUCAAUCAAAAAUUCAACAAUUGAUAUUAGAUGAUUUUCAAGAACAUAUUAUUCGUUCAGCAUCAUCAAUAUCAACAAUAUUAUUUGAUUUAAUUAAAUAUGUAUUGAAAUCAAAUAUAUAUAUUGAUAUAAAAUAUUUGGAAUAUUUUUCAAAAACAAUUUUAUUUGAUACGAAAAAAAAUAUUUUUUCAAAUGAACAACUUGACGAACUUCAUAUAUAUUAUAAUAUUCUUAUAAAAAAUUUUGAACGUGAUAAUCCAAUACAGGCAUGGAAAGAACGGAUAGUUUUAUUUAAAAACGGUAAUAUAAUACCAAAUGAUUUCGAUCAAUGGAUUUCAGAAUUAGAUCAAGUUUUUAAUAAAACUCUUAUUAAAAAAAGAAAAUCUCAAAAAAAUGUUCUUCAACAUGCUAUGUGGUAUUUUAUUAUUUUAACCAUGGCUAGUAGUCGUCAUUUAAAUCAAGAUCAAUAUGAAUGUGUAUUAAAAUCUGGUAUUCAAUCGACAUUAUUUAAUUCCAAACAAAAAUUUUAUUUUCAAUAUUAUUUAAAUCAAGGACAUGCACCAAUAAUUAUUGAUGAAUUAAAUCACGUUGAAAAGAAGUUACGAAGUCAAAGUAUUGACGACAAAAUAUUAGCAUAUGAACAAAUGAUAAUCAUACUUGAUAGACCAAAACCAGAAUUUAAGAAUGAACCAUUAGAACAAUUUUCUUCUUCUGAAAGUAAUAGUUUAACUCAAACUAAUGAUCAGUCUAAACUGUCAGACGAUUUAAUUCCAAUAAUUGAUGAUCAUGUUCUACUUUAUUUGAUUUCUCGUAUUGAAAUGUUUUCUUCGGAUGCCAUUACAUUUACAACUGAACAAUUUAAAGAAUUACUCGAUAAAUUUCUUCAUCAAUCAACAAUUGUUCGUCCAAUACCAUAUGCUGAGCAACAACGUUUCUUAUCAUUUUAUUCUCGUUCAAUAUCAUUAAAUGAAUUGAAAACUCAUUCUCUAUCAACAGAAUCAGAUUUAAAUCAUUAUUUACUAUUACUUAAAAUUAGACCAUUAAAGAAAAAUGAUAAACUAUAUGAUUAUUUGACUACAACAGUUAUAAAUAUAUUUAAAAAUCGACAAAAAUUUUCUAAUGAAAAAUGUCAAGACUUAAAAAAUAAUCUUCUAAUAAUUAAUCGAACUAUUCUCAAUCAAUUACUAAAUAAUAUUCUUUUAAAAGAUUGUCAAAAUAAUCAAGAUAAUGAUCAAACUAUCAAUCAAAUAGAAAUUAUAUUAAAAUUACAAAAUGGAAAAUAUGCUAUUGCAGGAUGGAAAAGAUCAAUGAUGAGUUUAUUAGAAAUUCUUUUCGAUCGAUCAGAUAAUUAUGAACAAUUAAAAGAUAUUGCACUACAAUCACCCAUGUUUCAACAGACUAUAUUUAAACAACAAAUAGAAUCUUAUGCAAAAAAGAAUUCAGAUAAUCAAUCUGAUGAAAAUGAAGAAUCUUCUGCUAUUCCAAAAAAUAAUAAUAAAAUCAAUAUUUCUAAUGUACAUUGUGAAUUGUUUCGUCAUUUGGAAUCUGAUGAUACAUCAAUGAAUGCACUUAUUAUACGACAAUUACGUGGAUAUCUUGUUGAUGAGCAACUUUCAUCAGAAAUUUUACUUCCGAAAUUUAUUCAAGCUCUUCAAUUUAUAUUUCAAAAUUCUCAAAAAUUUCCUGAAGUAUCACUGGAUGAAUGGACAACAUUGAUUGCUAAAAAUCGUGGAAAAAUCUUUUCAAAUGAUGCUCAAUGUGAUCAAUUAUUAAUGGAUAUACAUUUCGUUCGUUGUAAUAUACCAACAGAUACAUUAAAUUUAUUAAAUCGUUUAAUUCAAUCAAAGAAAGCUUAUGAACGACAUGAUGGUCUUAGUAAAUUAAUUUUACUUUUGAAAAAUACACAAAUAAAUCAUGAAAAAAGUCAAAUAAAAAAUCUACCAACAAUAUCAAAUCAAUUUUAUAAGACAAUAACUCGUAUUGUAUUCGAUGAAAAAUUCAAUAAUCAUCAAGUACGACAAUGUGUAACAGCAGCUAGAAAUUCUUGGCUAUUAAAUAAUGAUCAUAGAGAAAAACUGAAUAAUAUUUAG